CCCGCUUUGAGGCCCAUCCCAGGUGGUUUUCUUCCUCCGGCCGCCCUCCCUCCCCCGCGAGCGCCGCCGUCUCUCUCCAUCCAUCCACUCUCCCAGCCAAAUCGAGCCGAGCCAAGCCGCCGCCUGAGCUGAGAGGCAGGAAUGGGGUGGAAGGCCGCGGAGAAGCUCAUCAGGCACUGGAAGAUCCUCCGCGGCGACAACGUGAUGAUCAUAAGGGGCAAGGACAAGGGGGAGAGCGGGCUGAUCAAGCGGGUCAUCCGGUCGCAGAAUCGCGUCAUCGUCGAGGGCAAGAAUCUGGUUAAGAAACAUAUUAAGCAAGGGGAAGGACAAACAGGUGGGAUCUUCUCAAUGGAAGCUCCACUUCAUGUUUCAAAUGUACAAGUAAUUGAUCCAGUCACCGGGAAACCGUGCAAGACUACAUACAAGUAUUUGCCAGAUGGGACUAAAGUAAGGGUCUCUAGAGGAAUGAAUGCGUCUGGUGCUGUCAUACCUCGGCCAGAAAUUUUGAAGGAGAGGAAAAAGCCAAGACCCACAUCUCAUGGCCCAAAGGACACACCAAUUGAGCAUGUGCUGGAGAAGACCUAUGAUGCCAAAGCUGGAAUUGGUAUGCCUGAUCUAUGAGAGAAGACGUCCAUUGCUGAGAGUGAAAGAGAAAGAGUCGGGAAUAUUUGUGAUCUAUCCAUCCUAGUUAAGAUAGUAGGAACUCUGCGGUUAUUAUGUCAGGAAGCACUCAACAUUUGUUCACGAAUAAAACUAGCCAGCAUCUCGUGUGUUUCCAGAAAUCUGUCCCUGAAGACCCUGAUUGAAUGUUGUGCAUCUUGUUUGCUGUUUGAUUGUAUGAAUGAGGCCCCAAGAAAGUACGGGCCAGGCUGCUGGUUAACCAAGAACAGUUCUUGGGUUUUUUACUGUAAUUUCUUUGUUUUUCCAGCAUGGCUCCUGAAGGUAGCUGAAUAUGCGAGUGCAAAAAAGGAAAAAUUGCGACAAAGUCUUUCAUUUA